AUGACUACCGAGAGGCGGCGCAUCGACGAGGAGAAUCGCCAAAGAAUCGCUGCCAUGUCGCCCGAAGAGAUUGAGGAAGAACAGAGAGAAUUGCUGUCGUCACUGGAUCCGUCUCUGAUUCAACGCCUGCUGGGUCGCGCGACUAUCGAAGAAGGUGGAACGGAGCAGGAAACCAAGGCACGACCGGACAUCGCAAAGCCUCGCAAGACUGUAAAGUUUGCUGAGGUAGAAGACGAGCCAGCAGGUGCAGAGGCCAAUGGAACAUCACUGAAACAACACAAGCACGAUCACGACCACUCCGGUCACGAAGCAGCAGCAGAAGUUGCCCUACCAACAGACUCGACCAUCCACUUCCCACGACCACCUCAGCCGCCAUCACUCGAUCCUUCAGACCCAAACUUCCUCGAAGACCUACACGAGAAGUACUUCCCAGAUCUUCCCGCCGACCCGGAGAAAUUGGAAUGGAUGACCUCUACACCGAAGAACGCAUACUCCGCCUCUCAGACAUCUCUCGAUCCCAAAGACAUUCGAUUUGCUUUCACUGGCGCAUUGAUUCCCCCAAGUCUUGCAGCAGAGAUUCCUGUUACAAUGGGUCUGCAUCAUCAUGGUGAUGCUCCUGAUGCCGCGGGGUAUACGAUACCUGAGCUAGCUAUGCUAGCCAGAUCCAGUGUGCCUGCCCAACGAUGCGUCGCUUUCCAGACGCUCGGCCGCGUCCUUUACAGACUCGGCAAAGGCGAAUUUGGUGAUCCAGGAGAGGAGGGUCAAGGCACGAUUGGUGCUAAACACACACUUGGAGAGUUGGCAAGAGGAUUGUGGUUCGAGGUGAAGAAGGAAAGUGUGCUUGAGAUUUGCCUGGCCGAGAGCGAGGGUAGAGGCGCUGCAGGAGGAAGACACAUGGGUGCAAAAUCAUACGCUACGGAAGCAGUCUGGCUCUGGCAACAGGGUGGUGGCCGUCGUUGGAAGGCCGAGUAG